AUGAUCGGAACCAAUGAGAUUGAAUCAUUCAAUAAGACAUUGAAUGAGAUGUUGGUCGUCUGGAAUAAUGGAGACAAUACGUCACCAUCGUCAGGAUCAUCGUCAACCUCAUCUUCACAUACACUCACUCAGUCCCAGCUGGAUAUGAACAUCAACAGCAUCAUUAGCGGGGGGUCGGCCACGACCAACAACUCCAAUGCCUUCCUCUCGAUGCCUCUGCAGAUGCCUCAACUGUCCAACUCCAACUCCAAGGUCAACCAGCGCGACUUCCUCACCUCCUCGCAGCAGCUCGACUCCUUCCUCUUUGAGAACAACAACCAGGGACUCUUUUCGCAGUCCACCGACAGCAACGGCAAGUUGUCGGCCAAUGACGAGGUGACCAAGGUAAUCCGCGAGAUUAGUCGCGACAACAAGGAGUUCCAGCCCAUCGAGAUCAUCCCUAUCAAGUCGCUUAAUAAAGCAACCGAUCAAACAAAUGUAGCAACGGGCGGCGAAUAUACAUACGAACCAAGUCCUGUCAAGCCCUUUGGAGACUUUAGCCAGAUCAAUCUGUCGCCAUUCGCCAUCGACCCGUCGAAGCUCGAAGAACUGCGAUCAAACACAUCGGUCCUAGACCCCUUGUUCUCGUUGCCCUACAACACGUCAAACCCAUCCUAUAUACCAACAAUAAGCACACCAACUGCUCUAAUCAACAGUAUUGCUGGCGGAGGCAGCGGCGGUGUAAACACAAUCAACAAUAUCAGCUACAGUGGCAACAAUGCCAUUGUCAAGCCAACAAACACAAGUGGAAGCAGCAUUAUCAACCUCACAAAGCAAGAGACAAACAACGGUCCAAUCAGACACGUGCCUUUGGAGCAGUACAAGGACAAGGACGCAUCCCUACCCAAAUCAAUGGAGACUGACAAGUCUGGCGCCAAUCAGGGUCCUCACGACAAGAAGGAUGUGAAGCGUCAGAAGCGUUUGAUGAAGAAUCGCGAGUCUGCACAUCUCUCUCGCCAGCGCAAGAGAGAGCGUCUUACCGAGCUGGAACACAGAGUUGAGGAGCUCACUCACAACUCAUCGUCACUUACCAAGGCCCUCUCAGGUCUUGAGAGCGAGAACCUCGUGCUCAAGGCCGAGGUGGACCAACUGGUCGAUGUCAUCAAGGAUUCACCUGUGCUCUCUGCACUAUUCUUCUCAUUGGUCAAGAAUGACAAGACAGCCAUGGUCUAUUGA